UUGCUCUCAGCUCAGCAACACCGAAUCAGAUUUUCUGACAGCGUCGAGUCCGGAGCCUUCGUUUUCCCGUUGUCAGGUACUGCAUUUUUCUUGGUGGACCCUCAUGACCUACUGGAGAAUUUUAAAGAAUCGGGAGUCAUCGACCGGCUCCAGAAAUUUGUACAAGUCCACCGAAGCUGCUUUCUACUACUACAUGCCCCCUUUAAUGGGAAAAACGAAAUGCAAGCUUUGACAAUGAUUCAGAACAGAUUUUUCCGCAGUAAUCUCAGGAUCCUACCUGUACGAAACCAUGCUGAAACUGUCAAAGGAAUGCUGACAAUUGCCAAGGCAACCAGUAAGCCCUACGUUGACAGUAUUCGUGAUCGGGUGUCCCUGGCCAGAGUUCACAUCAUUGAGACCAGUCCUGUGUGGGAAAUGCUAAGAAACAUAUUGUAA